UGCGCGCGUUCUCAAGCUAUUUUCUAUUCGCCAGACCAAAGAUUAAAGGAGUUUCCCCGAGAAAAAUGCUGAAAAUCGUUGUAACUUUGGCUUUAGUUCUGGCCACAGUCAGUGCCACCAAUGUCCAGCAGUGCAAAAACAAGCCGUUUCCACUGGAUGUGAAUAUUCAGGAUUGCGAAGAACCACCUUGUGUUGUAUAUAAAGGAUUAUAUGCCGUGAUGGAGGUGCACUUCCUGGGCAAUAAUAAUAAUAUCAAGAGCAUCACGGCCAGCACAACGGCAAAAGUAUUGGGCAUGAAUCUGCCAUAUGCUCUGCCAGAAGAGGUUUCCGAUGUGUGCAGAAAUCUUUUAUAUGGCGCCAUCUGUCCCAUCGAUAAGGACGAGGAUGUCACCUACAGUUUCAACUUCUACGUGGAGCCUUCGUUCCCGGAAAUCACUGCGGAUGUCACUGUCACACUGAACGAUGCCCAGAACGAACCGAUCACAUGUUUUGUGGUGAGCUGCAAGAUCCGGAAGGGACCCACUGCACUGCGGGACGAAUACCUAUUGGACUGGACGAACCCCAAUUCCCUAUAAUCCGACGAUGUACUCAACUCCACCGAUUUGGUCCGACUGAAUGUUCCCACUUAUUUGCAAAUCAAUAAACUCAAAACUCUUGCAACGAUAACCGUAUUUGUUUACCUUGACGACGUCACGGAUUCCAAUGUACCCGUACAAUCAGUCGUCGGGUUAACAAAUAUCUAGGCCCGCUGAUAAGAUAUCCACCCAAACUAA